AUGGGAAGCAAGUGGUCACCGCCUGCCGACUACAAAACCCGACCAGUCGUCGUCCUCGGAGGAGGCGUGCUCGGUCGACGAAUCGCAGCCUGCUUCGUCGCCGCUGGCUACCACGUCCGCAUCCGUGACCCUUCAGAACAAUCCCGGACUGCCGCCAUUGCCUACAUCAAAGAAAACAUCUCCUCCUUUCUCGCUCUCACCAAUGGCCGCACCAAAGAGGGAACAUACGAAGGGGUCGAGGACUUGACGACAGCCGUCAAAGAUGCGUGGAUCGUGUUUGAAGCGGUCCCGGAGAUCUUGUCCCUGAAGGAGUCGACUUUUGCGGAGCUGGAAAGAACCGCACCAGCUGAUUGCAUCCUCGCUACGAAUAGUUCGUCCUUCAAGUCGGGCGAUCUCCUGGGCAAGGUGCAGGAAGCUACGAAAGCUCGAGUGUUGAACACCCACUUCAUGAUGCCGCCUCAGGCAAUCGUGGUAGAGCUAAUGACAAGCGGGCACACUGCGCCCGAAAUCUUCCCCUUCGUCGAGGCACGACAUCGGGAAGCCGGCCUCCACCCUGUCACUGCGCUCAAAGAGUCCUCCGGCUUCAUCUUCAAUCGCAUCUGGGCGGCCAUCAAGCGCGAAUGCCUAAGCGUGCUCGCAGAAGGCGUGUCCACUCCCGAAGUCAUCGACUCGAUCUGGAAAGAGCAAUACGGCUCGGCGGUCGGCCCUUGUGAGAUGAUGGAUGGAGUGGGCCUCGACACGGUCGAACAUAUCGAGCAGCACUACGUUGAAGAGCGAAAAAUCUCUCGCGCUCCGUUGGAGUACGUGCAGCAAAACUUUGUUGCGAACGGGCGCCUGGGUCUCAAGACUCCCGACAAGGGAGGCUUGUAUCCUCCUCCUAAACCGGGCACUCAGACGAAGCUCUUAUUCCUCAACGUCGGUCUGAACGAGCCGCUCGGCCAGAAAUCAUCCUCCGAGUAUAUGCAUGGCGGAGAAGUGCUCAGUGUCAUCGCCGAGCACUCCGGCGGAAGAGCGACGGCACUCAUCAGCGGCCAAGCCCUCCCGGACGGAAUCGACACGUUCGAUGGAAGGAUCUACUGGACCAACAUGGGCGUUCCGAGCGAGAAUGAUGGCACAGUACAAUCCGCAAAGCUUGAUGGAAGCGAUAUCAAGACUCUAGUACCAGUCGGCGAGGUUCACACUCCGAAACAAUGCCACGUCGACAGGGAGGGCAAGAAGCUGUACUUUUGCGAUCGCGAAGGCUUGAGGGUGUUUCGUUGCAACCUGGAUGGUUCCGAACGGGAGGUUAUCAUCCAGACCGGCGACUGGAAGACCGAGCCCGAGAAGGUCAAAGACCAACGCAAUUGGUCAGUAUCAUUCACGUGCGUCGGAGUGACGAUAUCGCGACGGCUCAACAAAUUCUUCUGGACACAGAAAGGAAGUCCCAAAGGCUCGGAAGGCCGCAUCUUUUCGGCUUCACUGGAGCUCCCCAACGGAAGCACUUCGUCGAAUCGCCCCGACAUCGAAGUCGUCCAGGAGCACCUUCCGGAAUGCAUUGACCUCGAGAUGGACGACGAAGCGGGAGUGUUGUACUGGACAGACCGUGGCGAGGUCCCUCUUGGGAACACACUCAAUAGAAAACAGCUGAUUGGCGAAACUCCUGCUGCUGAAAAGACGCUAGGUCGUCAGAUUAUCGCUCAAGGUCUGGGCGAGGGUAUUGGCUUGAAGCUGGACAAGGCGCUGAAUUGUGUAUAUGUUGCAGACAUGGCAGGACGUGUGUGGAAGUGCAGUCUAGACGGUGGCCUCAAGGAAAAGAUUCACGAGGGCCCGACGGGAUGCUACACCGGCCUGACCUUUGUUAAAGUUUGA